UGUACCUCCACGAAUGCGUCUCAGAUUUUAUUGGACUUUCAACAAUUUAAAAUUCUUCCUUUUCCUUUUAAAAAUGCAUGGUCAGAAAAUUUCAGGCUGAAAGUUAAGUUCUGAAACAAUCAUCUUGAGUAAUUUUGCAAUCGGCUUCUACUUUUUCAUGUCAAAAGUUGAAGAUCUAAAGCAGAUGUCUACCCGAAAUGGCGUGUACAUUGUUCAAGGGGAAAUGUCUCUUGUUGUGGCGGCUUUACGAAGAAAUGUUCGUGGGGUCUCUCACAGUCACCAGGAUGAAGAACAAGAUCCAUUACUUCAUGGAUUUUCUCAACUUAAGGACCAGCUUGUCACUAUUUCUGAUUUAAGUGAAAUCGAUGUAAACACUUUCUUGGGUCCAUUUCUUGAUGUGAUCAGGUCGGAAGACACAACAGGACCUGUCACUGGUGUUGCGUUAUCGUCUGUCAACAAAUUUUUGUCUUAUGGACUUGUUGAUCCAGCCAGUGAAAGUGCAGCAUCUGGUAUUGAGAAUCUGGCUGAUGCUGUCACUCAUGCUAGAUUUGUAGGCACAGACCCCAGCAGUGAUGAAGUAGUACUCAUGAAGAUUCUUCAGGUGCUAAGGACACUGCUGCUAACACCUGUUGGUGCACACAUGACAAAUGAGUCAGUUUGUGAGAUCAUGCAGUCCUGCUUCAGGAUUUGUUUUGAAACAAGACUUAGUGAACUACUUCGUCGUUCUGCUGAACAGACCUUGAUGGACAUGGUGCAACUUCUUUUUUCAAGACUCCCUCAAUUUAAAGAAGAGCUUAAGUCAGGGAUGGUCCCUAAUAUAAGAAAGGUCUUCAAAAGAGCUGGAGCCAUGGCGACUGGAAAAAGAAAGAAGCAUAUGUCCCCUAAACCAAGACGAGGUCACCUUGAAGAGAUGCCCCCUACAACAACAAUAACAACAGUAGCUACAACAACAACUGAAACUUCCUCUGAUCUUCUGAAAGAGGAUAUCAAACAUGAAAAUGUGUCUGAAACAGAUCCUACUCUGCAAGAAAAUAUCAUUCAGGAGUCUUCUAAAAUGUCAGAUUGUGUACCAGAACAACCUAUUCCCAAUCUGGACACAGGCAAGUCUGCUCUUAAUGAGGAAGAGCCAUCUAUAGCAUCACAGCUUAUGAGUAGCGAGGUAGAAGGGGAUGGUCUGAGCAUGGAAGGAGUUGUUAUGUCUGAAGAUGAACGAGAUGUGGUAUGUGAAAAACGAGUGGAAGAGGUUGGCCCAGAUAUUGUUGCUAGCUCCCUCGUGACAGAGGAUGAUGGUCAUGUGAAAGAAUUGAUGGGAAGUACUGCAUCAUUAGAAACGGUUGAGUCAGAGGACUUGUCGGAAGCAGCAGAGGGAAGCCAAACAGAAGCAAUGCUGCAACAGGAUGACUAUGUCAACCCUCGUGGAGUGCGUUUUACCCCACAAGAACCUGUUAAAGAAGGUGCUGGUCCUUUGAUUCCCUAUGGCUUGCCUUGCAUUCGAGAAUUAUUUAGAUUUCUUAUUUCUCUCAUUAAUCCCCAUGACAGGCAUAACUCUGAAGCCAUGAUUCACAUGGGACUUUCUCUGUUAACUGUUGCUCUGGAAUCUGGUUCCCAUCACAUUGGAACUUUUCCAUCACUUAUGAAUUUUGUAAAGGAUGACAUGUGCAAGAAUCUUUUCUGGCUUAUUCAGUGUGAUGUUCUUGGACUCUUUACCAUGGCAAUGAGAGUGUGCUUCCUGUUGUUUGAAGGUCUUCGCACAGAAUUAAAAUUCCAAAUGGAGAUGUUUUUCAAGAAGCUCAUGGAUAUCUUGUCACUAGAUCCUCAAAUUGUACCUUAUGAGAAAAGAGAACUCACCCUAGAUGCAGUCAACCAGCUUUUCAGGGUUCCAAAUUUAGUCAUGGAACUCUAUCUGAACUAUGACUGUGAUGUUUACAGCACUAAUGUAUUUGAGGAACUCUGCAAACUUCUCUCUAAGAACGCCUUUCCGUCAGCUGGAAGCCUAUAUAGUGUACAUAUCCUUUCUCUUGAUGCUCUCCUUGCUGUGGUCCAGAACAUCGAAGAACACUGCCACUCUCAGCUUUUAAACACAGCAGAAAAUUCCACAGAUCAAAAUAACUCUGAGAAAUGUCCAAACAAGACGACAGAUGACGAUUCCGGCAUAGAUGACAAAUGUGAUUCAUGCUCACUGAUGUCUCCACCGUCGCCACCAACUUCUGGCUUUGCCAUGGCUAAACAAAUGACAGUGGGUGUUGAAUCACAAGAACUGAGCACACAAGACAGUGCUGCAAAGAGUUGUGAUCAUUAUGGUGAUGACAAGUCUCUGAACUCAUCUCUCGGUCUUCUCUCUUCCCACCUUCCAGCAGUUGAGACUUUGGCCAAACUGAGACAGAGAAAGAAGAUUCUUCAAGCUGGUACUGAGCAAUUCAAUAACAAGGCCAAGAAAGGAAUCGAAUUUCUUCAAGAGCAAGGGUUGCUUUCCUCUCCUCUUAAUCCUGAGGAAAUGGCCAAAUUUUUGCGUGAAAAUCCACGUCUUGACAAGAAAACGAUUGGCGAUUAUCUCGGUGACAAAAAGAACACCAAGGUUCUAGAGGCAUUCGUCCGGUCUUUCCAUUUCCAUGAUUUAAGGGUGGAUGAAGCCCUUCGUUCUUUCUUAGAAAGUUUCCGUCUUCCGGGUGAAAGUCCUGUCAUUGAACACAUUAUAGAGUUCUUCUCUGAAUUGUUUUAUGAAGGUAACCCAGAGCCAUAUGCUAACAAGGAUGCUGUAUUUACGUUGUGCUAUGCUGUCAUUAUGCUGAACGUGGACCAACACAAUUCCAACAUCAAACAACAGAAACCAAUGACAUGCGAGGAAUUUAAGAAAAACCUGAGGAAGACAAAUGGCACGGCGGAUUUUAAAGCAAGCAUGCUGGAGGAAGUGUACCAUGCAAUAAGAAAUGAAGAGAUUGUUAUGCCUUCGGAAAGAAGUGGAAAGAUCAGAGAGAAUUAUGAUUGGAAGGUUUUGUUGCGGCGUAGCAGUAGUCCUGAAGGGAAGUAUAUGCAUGGCUUGGGAAGUAGCUUUGACAAAGACUUGUUUUUAAUAAUAUGGGGUCCUACUGUAGCUGCUUUGUCGUAUGUUUACGAUAACGGGCUGGAAAAGAGCGUCGCACAGAAAGCCAUCGUCGGAUUCAGAAAAUGUGCCCUUAUAUCAGCUCAUUACAGCUUGUCAGAUGUGUUUGAUAACCUGGUUAUUUCACUGUGUAAAUUUACAGCACUGCUUACCCCACCAGAGACUGGGGAGAGUCUAUCAGUAUCGUUUGGUAGAAAUCUAAAGUCGCAGCAAUCAGCGAGGACCCUGUUUGCCUUGGCCCAUCGUCAUGGAGAUAUUCUGCGAGAAGGCUGGAAGAACAUUAUGGAUUGCAUGCUACAACUAUUCAAAGCCAAGUUGUUACCCAAAUCUAUGGUGGAGGCGGAAGACUUUGUUGAAGCGAGCGGGAGAGUUAGUCUUCUACCAGAAGAACUGCCUUUAAUAAGGCAGGAAACAUCCAUAUUUUCAUGGUGGUUUGUGAACCCGGAGCCGGCAAGCUAUAGAGGUCAGACUACAGAAGACAAAGAAGCACAAAAACAAGCACAUACCUGCAUUAGAGAUUGCCAUCCAGAGCUCCUCAUCACAGAGAGCAAGUUUUUGAGACCUGAUUCCUUGAAUGAGCUCAUAAAGGUACUGAUUUACAAUUCAAGUAUUGAGAACCAAGAAUCUGUCCCUUAUGAUGAAGAAGCUGCGGUUUUCUUCCUGGAACUCCUAAUAAGAGUUGUUUUGGAAAACAGGGAUCGUGUGUCAGCAUUAUGGGCCACAGUAAGAGACCAUCUGUCAAACAUUCUCGUUAAUGCAACUCAUCACAGUUCCAUAGUGGAGAGAUCUGUUGUUGGCUUGCUACGGCUGGCAAUUCGUCUCCUGCAUAAAGAGGAAGUAUCCAGUCAAGUUCUUUUAACCUUACGUAUCCUAUUGUUAAUGAAGCAUGAUGUUCUACAAGAUUGUGGCAGGCAGAUUUCAUUCGGACUUCACGAACUCAUCCGGACUAAUGCUUCUAGUAUAACAUGCUCUCGAGACUGGGUCACAGUUUUUGCUUUGCUGGAGUGUGUAGGUGCUGCUGCUUCCCUACCAACUGUUACUUCAAGUAAUGCUUCCAUGUCAACGGCGUCAUCGGAUGUGGGAAGCGAUUUGACAUCGAGAGAUUACGAACUUGCGGACGGAAUAUCCACCUCAGAAAGUGACGGUAGCUCAUUCACAAGUAUUGAGGCGGAUUCAGGUUUGAGCGGAAGUGUUUUAGGAGACACGUGGUUGUUGAUUACAAAACAAAACUCAGAAAGUUCUCCUGCAAACCAGUAUGAAUUAACAGUGGGUGCCAAAUUAAACAAACACGAUAGUAAAUCGUUUGUGAAAUCGUGUCAGAGCUUGGCCUUUUUGAUCCGCGACAACGCUCAUGUCACUAAGGAAAAUUACUUGCAUUGCGUGCACGCACUUCGCUUAUUCUCAGAAGCUAGUCUGAAUGGAGGAGCAGGAUAUCGACAAGAUGGCUGGCAGUUCAAAGAGAGUACAGCUGAUUACAAAGGAAGUUGGGGGCGCUCGAACAAAAAGACAUCAAUGUCAUCUUCACGGUCAAAGAAAGUGAGCCCAACAGGUUUGAGGACACGCAAAUCUACCAAGUCAGCCACCAGUAGUCCAGCCACAAGUGAGGAUGAGGCUGAGAUCGUGGAGACUAUCAACAAUACUUAUGACGCUAUGUCUCUCCAGCUGCUUGAGCUCAUGUACACUCUUCACACUCAUGGAAGAGGUAUUUUUGAUAAAUUCCAAGAUGAACGUAACCAAUUACAGCAGAGCAGCCCCGAUGUACAGGGAAACGACCAGAGCUUGGACUUUCUGUGGACUAAGUGCUGGUGUCCAUUAUUGCAAGGAAUUGCACGCCUUUGUUGUGAUAUGCGCCGGGAUGUGAGAAUGUCUGCCCUUACUUAUCUACAGCGGGCGUUACUCGUUCAAGAUCUUCAAAAUCUAUCUGCCAUGGAAUGGGAAGCAUGUUUUAACAAGGUUUUGUUUCCUAUGCUGUCUCAACUAUUAGAGGUCAAUAGCAAAAGUGAUCCUAUGGGUGUCGAAGAAACACGCAUGAGAGCUGCGACUCUGCUCUGCAAGGUGUUCCUACAGCAUUUGACUCCACUGUUGUCAUUAUCCACUUUCACUGCUCUGUGGUUAACAAUCCUGGAAUUCAUGGAUAAGUACAUGCAUGCAGACAAGAGCGAUCUUCUGUAUGAAGCCAUUCCAGAAUCUCUAAAGAAUAUGUUACUGGUGAUGUCAACAGCAGGGAUAUUCGAUGAAGAGGAAUGUGCAUUAACAGCUGCUUCCCAAAGUGAUAACCGUAAAACACCGGCUAGGCCACAAUCAGACGUACACAAGUACUCUGCCCUAUGGCAGGUCACUUGGGAACGGAUUGACUGCUUCUUGCCCAACCUCCGCCAGGAACUUUUUACACCUCGUUGUCAAUCACCCGUUAGCAACAUCCCUAAAGUGAAGGCUGAGCAGGAGAAAGCAGUUUCGGAGGAAUGCAAUCGUUCCAUGGAUUUGCCUGGUAAUGUUGGUAAACCGGAUAACCAAGACAAACAAGACAAUGAGCAAAGCUCACCUUCGAAAAGCACCAAUAGUAGCAUCUCUUCUCCUCCAGGUGGCGGACAGCAGCAAGUUUGUGUGGUUUUACAACCGCCUCUGCCUUCAUUAGCCAACCGUAGCACCUCUCCAACACACUUGGGCUCCCUAGCAGACAACGUACGCCCCAGCUCAGUCCCCAUUAUUCUGGCUCCCAGUCCAGCACUUUCAUCUGCAGGCCUUUCCUCGCCUCAGGGGUCUCGAUCCCCCACACCUACGGACCCCACCCCUAAGCAGCUAGAAAUGUCAGAAGAUGAUCCAAAGGAAGAUUUGAAGGCUGAUCAAUCAAAUGGCGAGUCAGGAAGCUCUGAUGCGCCUUCACCAGAGAGAACAAAAGCUUCGAUAUAUGACAUCUAGGUUUACUUAGGACAGUUUGAGGACUUCUGUGUGUCCCAAUCACCUUUAAUUUUAUUGUAAAUUAUUUACUUUACCGGCUAAUUGAAAACAGAGGUUAGAGUUAUUUUAAAUGUUUAAAAUCGGUUUCAACUAGGCAGUAAUACGCAUCCCUCCACGUUUUUACAGCUAAUUGAUCAGAGAAAUCGUGAACUGAUGACACCACUUUAUUUGAAAAGGAUUCAAAUCGUUUCUUAACGGGUCAAAGGCCGCCCAGUUGUGGAAUGACAAUUACUUGACCCUUUUUCUCCCAUAGGUGACUAGGGCAGAAUUUCUUCUUACAAUAUCAACACACUAUCAAGCAGACAAAUGACGGCAAUAAAGAAAAUUAUCAA